AUAAACACUUCGCGUUAAGCACGAUGUUCUUGAUGAUCAUUCAGCAAGAGUUAAUGCGGGCACGGCCUUCCUUGUCUUCAAGCGAUGCAGCGGAGUAACAUUUCCACCGCGAUUACUAGUUUCCUCAAAUAUAACCGCGAAUAACUUCAGACUCCCACUACCAGUAAAAAUAUAAUUAUCUUCUCUACGCACGCCUCGUGUGCCCUAACUCGCACAAUGCGUCUCAUAAACACCACCACUCUCGGCAUGGAAAUAUUUUUCGAUGGCCACGAACCCCCCUACGCAGUCCUCUCCCAUCGCUGGCAGGAUGGGGAGGUCUCUCUCCAAGAAAUGCAAAACGGCACAGCCGUUGAACGGCCUGGCUAUGUGAAGAUUGUGCAAGCAUGCGCAUUGGCAGCUCGCGACAGGCUAGGCUACGCCUGGGCGGAUACGUGCUGCAUCGACAAGACUAGUAGCGCUGAGCUCUCGGUGGCUAUCAACUCUAUGUACCGGUGGUACCGCGAGGCGGUGGUGUGCUAUGCCUUUCUAUCGGACGUCGAGGAUGAAGAUGUGGAGGCAGAUGCGGGCGCGGCGGUGUUUGCAAAUAGUGCGUGGUUCUCGCGGGGAUGGACGCUGCAGGAGCUUCUAGCCCCGUCGAAGGUGGAAUUCUACAAUGUGUCGUGGCACAAGAUCGGGACGAAGGCGACGCUGGCCACAGCCAUUGUGGCCAAGACAGGAAUUGACAUGGAUGCACUCAAUGGUGGUGACCUGGCGGCGUUUAGUAUUGCGCGGCGCAUGUCCUGGGCCGCGGGGCGCGAGACGACGGUGCCAGAGGACACCGCGUACUGUCUGUUCGGGCUCUUCGGGGUCAACAUGCCAAUGCUAUACGGCGAGGGCCAGCGAGCCUUCAUCCGCCUACAAGAGGAGAUAAUGAAGCACUCCGCAGAUCACUCGCUGUUUGCAUGGAGUUCCAACGAACCCGGCGCACGGGGUCUGCUCGCUCGGUCCCCAGCCGACUUCGUGGGGUGCGCAGACAUCGUCGUUACACGUGAGCGUUGGAACAAGACCCCGUACACUGUCACAAACCUGGGACUGUCGAUCCAGCUCCCCAUGCUGCCGUGGGCUAUGGAGACAUAUCUCGCGGUGCUGGACUGCGAGCGUGCCGGAGUGCCGGACAGUCGCGUUGGGAUUUUUCUGCGGCUUCUUCCACAAGCCGACCAGCACGCGCGUGUUGCACUUGAGGGAGACGAUAGGUUUGUUUUCAGGGAGGAGCUGGCGGAGAAGUUGAUGUAUAGGAAUGUAUUUGUGCAGCAGCAUCUGUGGGGAAUGACCCUGGAACCGCAACGCUUUUAUGGAUUCCACCUCCGGAAUUUCUCAUCACCGAUCCAUACGGUGACAAAGACAGAGAGUGAGCAGGUAUCGUUGUCGACAGUUGACCUGGCGACAACACAGGUUGCCUGGGAUGAUGAAAAGCGCUUGCUGGAACUUCCAGUUGGGAAGAACGGCACAGUGGGGAUGAUAACAUGGGCCCGCGAUGAGAAGAAUUGGGAGGUGUUGAAGUUCGGAUUCGAUAAUGAGUUUAACCCCGCACUACAAUUAGGAGGGGAUUAUCGUAGUCCUAACAGACCAUUUACCAUGGAUCCAAAGUCGGCCGAGGACUGGUUGGAUCCGUCGUGGAUGGAUGGGCCAGCGCAUAGUAAGUACCUGCAUAAAGCGGAUAGGUUGAGUGGCCUACAUGAGGAAGUCUUUAUUACUGAAAAACGCAUUUCUAUUGAGGAAGGUGAAAUAGGGGAGACGGGGAUGAGGGGGUGGGUAAUUGAUAUAUUGGAUCAUACGCCAAGAUAUCGCAGAUAUCAAGAUCUCUGCGAGGGAUGUGUCAAUCUAAGCAAACCUGUGCGUAAAUUCCGGAUGUCAAGCUAGGCUUCAGUAUCGGACAAUCGGCAUAGCUUAUGUAAACACUCGAAGUGGCCGGGUGAGGUCUGCAAGGGGUUACUGGCCAUAUUGACACUGUUGUGCCUAGCCCCUUUUCAUACCUUUAGGGAAGAAUAUGCUUAUGUCUCGCUUGCGUCGCAACUUCGCAAGAGUGGGGUGGGGUAGCAGAAGGCGCAAAAGGGAAGCUCGAGAGAGAAAGAGCGAGAGUGAAGAGGGCAACAGGGAAAGAGUGGGGAUAGGAAGGAGCGAUGGAGAUGGGACGAUAUGGAAGGAGCAACCGGAGGAGAGCAAGGGGGGAAAGAGCGAGGGAUAGAGAGCGAGAAGAAAGGAGCAAACGGGCAAGGUUGAGGGGAGAGGGGGAAGGAGCGAAGGGGCGAUCAUAUAUAUAUGUUAAUUGGAUCAGACAACUUCACAAAUCCCAAUGUGCCAAAACACACGCAUAUAUAGAAUGAUAGAUAUAGAUCUAGGAGAGGUUGGCAUCGCAUUUAUAUUUAAGAG